UAUUUUGUAUGCUGCGUGUUUAAUUUACGACAGCCAGUUCACAUUCACAACAAAUUCUGUGCCUCUUUGGUAUCACUGGUAUCACGUCAAUAGACUGAUUAUAGGUUAACUGAUAAUUAGUUUUUCAUUAAGAUAUAUUAGUGCUACUUUUAUUUGAUUUAUUGGUAGGUAUUCAUUUUAUUACUCCACUAAUGUAUUAUUAGUUAAUAGUAAUACUAUAAAUGAAUGAUAAACCAUAUUAUUACUAACACUAUUAAUUUGAGUACUUUAAAUAAUAUUAAAAGGUUAUUUGUGUUGAUAUAGCAACUGUGCUAUAAUUGUGCUUAUAACAACGGCUAACUAACAAUUAUUAUAAUUGUAUUGGCCAUAACAUUUUAAAUUUAUAAUUAUGUAAGUAUUUUUUGUUAUAUUCAUUUAAGUAUAUGGUAAAAUUUAAGCAACAAAUUUUUUCAUUGUUGGAUUUUAAAAAAAAAUACCAUAAAUAAGUGAGAAUAAAUAAUAUUAAUUAAUGAUUACAAUCUAAAACAAACUAUAUGUUUACAAAAUGUAGGUAUUUAUUCUACACAUAUCCUAAUAAUUCUUUAAAUGCUAAUAUUAUGUUGAUUAAAAACAAAAUAUAAUUUGAUAAGGUGAUUUUUAUUCAGAAUUUAAUGUUACCAAUGUUCACUUAUUUUGAAUUGAGAAAUGUAGUAUUACCCAUUUAAAUUAUUUUAUUGUUAUAAACAAUGUUAGAAAAACAAUUAAGUACUAUUUUUAAAUUCCUAAAUAUAAUUAAUUUUUUUUUAAGAAAAUAGCUUAUUAUGAGAAAUUACAAUCUAUAUAGUUUGUACAAUAAGUAAUAUUAAUAUUUUACAGACAGUUGAAAAGUUUAUAAUAUACACAUGAUGAGGAAACCACACAUUUGUAACACCUCUAAAUAUUAUUCAGUAUUAAAACCUUAAGUAGCGGCACCAGUUCUUUUGAAGCGUCUAAUUAGGUUACUGGGAAGAGUGAGUGAUGCUAAUUCGUUGAUAAGUUGGUUAGGAUUACCUUGUAAUUUUGUGUAGAAGCAUUUGUAGUAGAGAGCAGCGGUUUUGUUGAUAGAAGGUAAUUUGAGGUCGGAGUUUAGAGACUCAUUUGAAACUAACCAGGGUGCGCCAGUGAUUAUAUUUAGUCAGAUAUUUUGUAAAACUUGUAUAGUUCUUUUAUUUGAAUUCUUAGGUGUUAGCAGAGCCUCAAAUAACAAUAGCAUACGCCCAUAGAGAAAAAACCAGAGUUUUAUUAAACAAAUAAUUUUGAUUGAUCCUUUUGUUAAGUUAAAACAAAAAAGUGGCAUAAACCGAUGGAGUUUGGAAUAAUUGAGCUUCUUUCAUAUGAAAAACAAUAAUUUCUUACAUAUUUAUUAAAAUAAUAGUAACUUGCAUAGCUUUAUAUUUACCUGCAUUAUUAAUAAUAGAUAGAGGUGAAAAAAUUAAAAUGAAUACCUUGACUUACAUGAAUAUUUACAUAUAUAGGUAUCAAAACAUUUUCAGUAUUCAAUCUUUAAUCUAGUUUGUAUUUUUGAGAUAGUUAUUCCAAUUAAUGCACAUUAACCACUUAGUUAAAGAAUACAAUUUUAUUAAAAUUUAAUAAAUUAUUGGCCGAAUAAAUAUCAAAAUUGAAAAAUUGGUACUUGUUUGUUAUCGCCUCACUAAACAAUAUGAAAUAAAUAAAUAAUUAAAUUAUAUGUUAUUAAAGUAAAAAUGUAAAAUAAAUUAUAUGGUAUUUAAAAAUAUAAAAUUGUAAAAAAAUAUUAUUAUUCAAUUAAUUAAAUUGGAUAUUAUAAUAAUAAAAAUAAUAUUGUAUGAUUUUAAAUUAGUAUAGGGGCCAAAAUUAAGAAAUACCUUUUAAGAUAAUUUUAAAUGCAUCUUGUUCUUCAAGUCUUCCCAUGAUUUCUGCCAAGUAUGAUUCUAAAAAAAAAUGUUUUGGUUCCAUGGAGUUUUUUAAUUUCCUAUUUUGCAGAACCCCACAAUCUCUCAAUGUUUUGGAGGUGUGUCUCUUUAUCCGGAUCAACAAAAUUAUAGGUAUAGUUAACAGUUUUAUAUUGGAGUCCUACUUGCUGCAAAUUUGUGUAAGCUUUCCAAAAAUUUGACAAAAUUAUUGAUCUUAGUCUUUUAUAUUUUUGUAUAACGAGUAAUAAUGUUUUCUUCAGUGAAUCAGGUACACUAAUAAUAAAACAUGUUCUUGUUUCCCGACAUAUUCCACCAAAAAUCCAUUGUAGCAAAAGGCGUCCAGCAUUAUUUUUUCUACAUACAAAUAAACUUUCAUCUAUUUCAACAAAAAGACCUGGACCACCAAUUUCUUUAUUAAAUUGCCUAUUUUCUAACCAUCAUAUAUAUACCUCAUAUAGAUAAUUGUUCCAAUAGAAAACAUCAUUUUGUCCCAUUUUCAGUUCACAUUUACAAAAUGUUACUGAAGUCAUUUCUCGAGCCCAGUAGCCUAUGCAAUGAACAAUUGUAUGUAUUGGCAGUUUUGAACCAGUUAUCAAUUUAUUAAUUCUUAAACCCUUUUCCUUCUGGCAUCUCCAUAGUGAUCCUUUAAUAGACAUUUUAUUGUAGUUCAUAAUUUUUUGUAAGUAUAGUAAGUAAGUUAUAACCAUAACAAAUGUUGACAAGGUAGUCUUAUAUGAAGUAGAAUGCCACCUUCUAAUUACCUAUCUAAAAUAGAUCACCUAUUUUGGGAUCUUGAGUAUUAAUACUAGAGAUAGGAACAAAAAUUUCAAUUUUUAAGGAAUAUUUUUAUUAUUUAUAGUUUUAUUUUUCUAUUUAUUAAUUUUGUAUUGUUUGGUGGACAAUAACAAUGGAAAGUGGCAGGGUAGAAUAAUGUGUUAUAGAUACAACAUGAAUUAUACAUUCAUUGAUGCAUAUUAUAUACAAAUCCUCUAUUAAACUAUUUAUUUAUUCUGGGUAAAUUGUAAAAUAUAAAUAACUAAAAAAUUACUACAAAAUAACUUAUAUUUUUAUUUUUGGUCUUUUUUUUCUAAAAUUAAUUAUAGAGUUUUAAGUCAAUUUUUCAACUUUGCUAUAUUGCAAAUGAAAUGGUUUUAUCUUCUUCUUUAUAUUUGAUGUUAUGAUUGGUAAAUCCUUUUUUAUUUUUUAAUAACUAUUCAAGAUAUAAUAUAUUUUUUCCCCAUCAAUAUUUAAUCAUAAGUUAAAAUUUGAAUGAAGUAGGGACCUGAAUUGAUUGGUACCUUCAUUCAUUAUGAAUUUUUUGAAAAAAGGUUAUUCAUAACUUAUGAAUAUUAACCAAAAUUGUUUAUAAAUAUUUUACUUUACUGUUACUUAUUAUGCAUUCAUUAAAAUAUACUACUAUAUAGCAUAUUAAUUUAUUGCAGGAUUUUUGCACUGAUUCACUGUAAAAAAUUAAUUGUUUUAAACUGUAAUGGAUGAUAAAAUUGAAGACAAAUUAAUUUAUCAAGUUUAUUUAACACAUAUGAAGUUAAUAUCUUCAAAAUUAGCUUCAGCAAAGAACAAAUUCAAUUCAUUUUCCAACAUGUGGAAGUAUAUACAAUUUUAUCUGAUCAAACCAGAAGUCAUAUUUUUUUUAUUAUUAUUACUUUGUUUAUUAAUUUUUUCUGGAAAUUUAUUUCAAAGUUCUAAUGGAUUUUUAAAAAAAUUAAAUCGAAAUUUUACCUUCAUUGGUUUUGAUAAUCUUGAACAAUUUAUGUUCGAUGAAAAAGAUGCACUAAGUAAGAAUUGGAAAUUUGAAGGUAACAAUGUUGCUUUAUAUGCUGUCAAAGGUAGAAGAUCACAAAUGGAAGAUAGAUAUGUUGUUAAAACUAAUAUUAUGGAUACAGGAAUAUCAUUGUUUGCUAUUUUUGAUGGACAUGGAGGUGAGGUGAGUAAUAAAUAUAUUUUUCCUUCCAUACAAAUGCUAUAUGAGUGAAAUAUUAUUUAUAACAUUUAUGAAAAUAUAAAGUAUAAUAUAUUUAAUUAUUUUCAGUUUGCUGCAGAAUAUGCAACUACUCAUUUAAUGACAAAUUUGAGAAAUAAAAUAGUUGAAGUAAAGACAUUACUCGAUGAAAAAACUGGCACAAAAACAGAAUCUAAAAAAUUAUUUUCAAAUACACCUGAUAAUUUAACACCACAAAUGAAAAUAAAACUAAGUAAAACUGAAUCACAUUUCUCUAGAAAAAUAAAACCUAUUACUUCUGUGGAUGACAGUGUGAUUAAUCAUAAUAAGAAUAAACAAGACACCCUAAAUUUAAAAAAAGAUAUAAUUUCUACAAAAAAUGCUGGAGAUGUUAUUAUAAAUCCUUUGUCAUAUUUACUGAGAGAUGGUAGUAUAAAUUUUUCAAAAUUAUUAAUUGAUGAAGUUCUAGCUGCUGAUAAACUAUUAAUUGAAGCAGCAAAAUUAACUUAUGAUAUUGCAGGUAAUUUAUUUAGUAACCUAAAUACCUUAUUAUAUCAUUUUAUUAAAAUUUAAUACAGGUGAUAAAUGUAAUAUAAAACAGUCAUUAUUUCACAUAGUAUUGACUUUUUCAAAAUAGUUUGUUUUGAAAAUUUACGAUACAAGUAGCUCUAAAAUAUUACAUUACUAUUAUUUUUGUGGUCAAAGGUAUUUUUGAUUUUCACAUAGCAACUAAUAUUACAAAAAUUCCAUAAAGAGAGUAUUAGUUUAUAAUAAAUAAAUAUCGAUGUUGACAUUUUUAAUUUCUGUCAAUAACUAUAUUGUAACAUUUCAGAGUAGUUUGUUACUUAAAUUAGGUAAAAUUUGUUUGAAAAAGGUCAAUGCUUUAUGAAAUAAUAAGUGUGUUUUACAUUAAAUGAGUAUAUAUAAAAAAAGGUAAAGGUAUUUCUAUUUUAGUUGGUAAGAUAUAUAUAUAAAAUAUAAGAUUAUUAAUUAAUAUUGUAUAUAAAUAAUAGUCAGUUUCCUUUAUUAAUAUAAUUACUAUGUUGCCUUGCAGUAGUCUGACUAUAAUUUUAAGUGGAAUAAUACAAAAUCUUAAUUUGAAAACAUUAAAUUAAUAAUACAGGAGUUAUAUUUUUGACUUUUAUUUAUUGACAUGUCAUGUAAAUAAUUUAAUCUUGCUUAUUUUUAUUUUUAUUUACUUGUUUUGUGUUUAAAUAUUCCAGGCAGCACAGCACUUAUAGUUUUAAUAGAAGGUAAUACAUUAUUUGUUGCAAAUGUUGGAGAUUCAAGAGGUGUUAUGUGCGAUAAGAAAGGAAUUGCUAUACCAAUAUCAUUUGAUCAUAAACCACAACAAGUAAUACUUAUAAUAACAUAAUAUGUUAUUAUAUAUUUUUUAUUUACUAAAUGUAUUCAACUUAGUAUAAUAUCUGUUUUAGGUGAACAAUUAUUUACCUAAUUAUUUUAAUAUUAUUUUGUAAAAUAUAUUUGAAUACUAGAGUAAUAAGUCAAAAAAAAAUUUCCAAUAAAAUUUAAAAUUUUUGUUUUUAUUAAUUGUCUUAAACAAUUUUUAAACUUCUUAUAAAAGUCUUCUGCACAUAAGUGUAAUUUUUUAUAGAAAUAAUUAAAUUAAUAGUCAUUAUUAUAAAUUCUAAUUCAUUGAUUAAAAAUUGAAUUUUUUUAUCUUGGUAAUGUGACUAUUUUGAAACCAGAGUUUUGUCAGAUUAAUAUUUUAUUUAUAUACACCUGACAAGUAGGUUUAUAAAGACAAAUAAAUAAUGAAAAUGUUGGUUUACUAAAAAAUGAAUGUAGGUGUGCAUACUAUGCAAUUAUUACAAAUUUAAUAACUAUUUGUAUCAAUUAUUGAGACAGUGAAAGUGUCUAUACUUUUUCACUAUUCACUACUGUAUACCUACACUUUCAUAUUAUCAUUCAAACAUAAAUAUAAUUUUUUAAUUAAUAUAAAAAAUAUCAACUUUUUUAACCAUUUACUAUUAUUUUUUAAAUUUAAAUUUUCCAUUAUAUUUUUUUAGUUUUAAAUUAUUUUUAUAGAAAUUGAUGAACAUAGUAAAAUGUUAAGCACCUAUGUUUUUGAUGUUUUUAACAUAACUACUUAUUAUUAUCCUAGUAGAAAUAUAAAAAUUUAAUUGGUACUGAUAAAUGAAUGGAUAAUUUUUUGAUCAUUGCAAUUUUAUUUAAAAAUAUUAUUGCUAUAUUUCUGUUAUUUUUAACAUAAUUUUUCUUCUUAAAAUUUCUUAAUUCUCCAAUUUUUCUAAUUAUGUACUAUUAAAUUGUAGUUAAAACAAUAAAUUAUCUUUCAUACUACUUUUCAACUUUUUAGCGUGAAAGAUUUACUCUGUAGUACAAAGCAAAUAUUAUUAUUAUAAUUAAUUUGAAAAAAUUAUAAUUAGCAUUAAUUAUACAAUAUACAGAUAGUCCAUUCAAUAGUAAUAUUUGGCAUCUUGUUGUAGAAGCCACUGCUAUGAUGCACUAUAGUAGUUAGGAUGUAUUAGGGAUGUACCUUUGCAAUUGAUGUGUGAGAAGUAUGAUUAGUACUAACAGUUACCUAUCUAUGUUAAGAAUACCACUACUGCUGCAUCCCAACUACUUUAGCUCUCUAUAGCAUCAUCUUGAUAUUAUUUAAACAAUUUAAUUAAUAAUGAUUUGUGUUAAUUCAUAGUAUUUUAUUUAAACUUAAGAUGCGAGAAAAAAAACGUAUUGCGGAUGCUGGUGGUUUUAUUUCAUUCAAUGGUGUAUGGAGAGUUGCUGGGAUAUUAGCUACAUCAAGAGCACUUGGAGAUUAUCCAUUAAAAGAGAAACAAUAUGUCAUUGCUAAUCCAGAUGUUUUAACAUUUGAUUUAUCUCAUCAUGAUCCACAAUUUAUAAUACUAGCAUCGGAUGGCCUAUGGGAUACAUUUACCAAUGAAGAAGCUGUUGAGUGUAUUAAAAAGCAUAUAGAUGAUUCUUUUCAUGGAGCUCAAUACUUGACAAUACAAUCAUUUAACAGAGGAUCUCUUGACAAUAUUACUGUACUGGUAAUAAAAUUUCCACCUACAUGGAGUAAAGUAUCACAAGUAGUAAAUAAUGGAGGAGGCGAUUAAUCAUUGUAUACAAUUAUGGUAGGUAUAUUUAACAUUUUAGGAAUUUGUUUAAUGUUUUGUGAUCAAACCAGGGAUAAUAUUUUAUGUAAUUUCCUAUAUAUUCAUGUAUUAAGCAUCCUAGCUUUUGUUUUAGUAACCAUUAUAAAAGCCAUUUUUAUUUGUUUUUUUCUUUUUAACUGUUAUAUUUAUGGUUGUUAUAA